AUGGGUGAAGGACAGCAGCUCAUGGAAGCAGGCGGCAGCCGUCACACGUCCGGCAGAACAGUUCUCUAUGCAUCACUCGCCGGAGUAGCUACAGUUGGCCCACUUCUCGGCAUGAUGGGAUUCAGUUUCCUUGCAACUAUGACGUUGCUUCUUGUAACUUCACCACUGCUAUUUUUAUUCAGUCCGCUGAUAUUUGGCGCCGCCUGCGUGGUUGGUUUUGCUCUGCUAGGCUUCUCGAUGGCUGGCGUCAUGGCGAUUGCGGGGUUAUCGAUUGUGUCGUGGGUUUUUCGGUCGUUUACCGACAGAAGGGCGGUUGGCGCCGGUAAGUUGGUGGAGGCGGGUGGUGCCGGCAAGGACUGGGGUGGGUACUUGCAGCAUGAGAACUUGAUGAAUCGAGGCUAA